GCGGCGGAGGAGGAAAAAUCCCCAAUUCCACUGCUUCCAGAAGCGAGCGAGCUCUCCUUUCCUUUCUCCUACGCCUAGGCUUCUAGAAGCUUCCUUUCCAAAUAGGGGCUAAUCUCCUGAGCUCGAAGCUCUCCUCGUCAGCUUCAGGUGGUCGGGUGCUGCCUCCUCCUCCUCCUCCUCCUCCUCCUCGUCCUCAAAUCUCCCCGAGAGUUCGUGCUUUGCCGCGAGCAGCGAGCUGCGAUCUCGCCUGAAUCCUUCGUCGGCGGGGGGGAUGAAUUGAUCACGCGGUGUGCGCUUUCUGAUUCUGUCGGGUUCCUUUCAGAUGCACGAGCACGUCGGUGUCCGCCUCCUCUUUGCUUGAUUUGCUUCCGCUGCUGCUGUUAGGUGCGCGAGAGCUCGUGAUGGGGUGAAGCGUGUGUUCACAGGAUUAGAUUGCGCUCGCCUGAUUCGCUGCAUCUUGUUCUUCUUGCUGCCGCCUACGCGACUUGAUUUCGUCACGCCAAAGCCGUGACAGGCUGAUUGCUACCUUGCUUGGCGAUCUGUGCUUUAAAUUCCACCAUUGUUUGCUGGUGCUGGAUGAGCAAAUUCUUGGUUCGUGUGGCUCUAGUUGGUAGUUCUUGAUUGAGGUGAGGUUCUGAGCUGCCAUGAACUACCGAGUGGUGAACCCGGUGAAGGUGGAGAGCGGGCCGUCGACGGGCGUGGCGAAUGGCCAGCCGCCGAGGCCGAUGGACGGGCUCGCCGACGGCGGCCCACCGCCGUUCCUCACCAAGACGUACGACAUGGUGGAUGACCCGACCACGGACGCCGUCGUGUCGUGGAGCGCCACCAACAACAGCUUCGUGGUGUGGGAUCCUCACCUCUUUGGGAACGUGCUGCUGCCGAGGUACUUCAAGCACAACAACUUCUCCAGCUUCGUCCGGCAGCUCAAUACCUAUGGCUUCAGGAAGGUGGAUCCUGACAAGUGGGAAUUUGCAAAUGAGGGUUUUCUGAGAGGACAGAAGCAUCUCCUUAAAAGCAUAAAGCGUCGGAAACCUCCGAAUUCAUCUCCAAGUCAGCAAUCUCUUGGCUCAUUCCUUGAGGUAGGGCACUUCGGAUAUGAGGGAGAGAUUGAUCAGUUGAAGAGGGACAAACAUCUGUUGAUGGCUGAAGUGGUGAAGCUGAGGCAGGAGCAGCAAAACACAAAGUCAGACCUGCAAGCUAUGGAACAGAAGCUACAAGGUACUGAGCAAAAGCAACAGCACAUGAUGGCAUUCUUGUCACGAGUUAUGCAUAAUCCUGAGUUCAUACGCCAGCUGUUCUCCCAGAGUGAGAUGAGGAAGGAGCUUGAAGAGUUCGUCUCAAAGAAAAGAAGGCGCCGCAUUGACCAGGGACCUGAACUUGAUAGCAUGGGUACCGGUUCUAGCCCCGAGCAAGUGUCACAGGUAAUGUUUGAACCACAUGAUCCAGUGGAUUCACUUUUCAAUGGUGUUCCAUCAGAUCUUGAAAGUUCAUCUGUUGAGGCCAAUGGAGGCAAGGCGCAACAAGAUGUUGCUUCCAGUAGCUCUGAACACGGGAAAAUCAAGCCAUCUAACGGAGAGUUAAAUGAGGAUUUCUGGGAGGACCUGCUGCACGAGGGUGGGCUCGAUGAGGAUACCAGGAACCCCGCUAUAGAUGAUAUGAACUUGCUGUCUCAAAAGAUGGGCUACCUCAACUCAAGCAGCACCAAAUCGCCACAGUAGUAGCUCUGGUCUGAUCUUGCUGCAGCUCCAACGACCCUUGAGUACUUGUUAAUCAAGCUUGUCAUUAUACUUAUCCGCUUUGAGGAUGAUCAAUUUGAGUAGGUCUCCUCCCCCAUGGUGAUGAUCUUAUGGUAGCAUCAGCUGUACAUACUAUUGCCGCAAUAAUUACCAUCGUAUUCUGUUCAGCUUUGUGGAAUUAGUUUUGGAUCUGAAUGUAUGGUACUUUGACAGUGGACUUGAGGGUGCUGUAUGUACAUAUAACAGUCUAACUAAAUGCAGUUGUGCGUUGUAAUGAUGUAUAGUUUUGCUUCAUUUCGGAGUAUGUUUAUGUGCUACGCGAUUGUGUUU